AUGGAUGGCGCCCCCUUGAGCAACGUCUUGACCUCAUCCCUGCAACAGGUACUUAUGCUGCACGCGGGCAUCCGUCUCCCCGCCCCCAGCCCAGGGACUGGCUUCCCGGCCCGCGUCCCCUCGGCCCACAGCCUUCCUCUGCAAACUCUCCCCAGGACGUGCUACCUUCUAGCGGUCGCUGAGGAGAGGUGCUCCACCAGGCCAGUAUCGUGGACAUUUCCUCCUCGAGGCCACAUGAGCCGACCCGCACUCCAGGUGCCCCAGGGCUGCGGUCGCCCCCAGGCCAGAAGAGGAGCCAGAAAGGCGGGGGAACCAGGCGGAGCUACCGCUGGGGGCAGCCGAGGGGAGAAACUGCUUCCCCCUUCCUUUCUCGCCUUUGCUAGUCACCGAUCUGGAUGGGCCUGGCAUUCACGGUGCGGACCAUGUACACGUUACGAGUGGAUGGGGAUCAGAUACUCUUGGGUGGAUGGCUGCAUUGACUGGUCAGUGGAUCUCAAGACAUACAUGGCUUUGGCAGGUGAACCAGUACGAGUGAAAUGUGCCCUUUUCUACAGUUAUAUUCGCACCAACUAUAGCAUGGCCCAGAGCACUGGGCUCAGGCUUAUGUGGUACAAAAAUAAAGGUGAUUUAGAAGAGCCCAUCAUCUUUUCAGAGGUCAGGAUGAGCAAAGAAGAAGAUUCAAUAUGGUUUCACUCAGCAGAGGCACAAGACAGUGGAUUCUACACUUGUGUUUUAAGAAACUCGACAUAUUGCAUGAAGGUGUCAAUGUCCUUGACUGUUGCAGAGAAUGAAUCAGGCCUGUGCUACAAUAGUAGGAUACGCUAUUUAGAAAAAUCCGAAGUCACUAAAAGAAAGGAGAUCUCCUGUCCAGACAUGGAUGACUUUAAAAAGUCCGAUCAGGAGCCUGAUGUUGUGUGGUACAAGGAAUGCAAGCCAAAAAUGUGGAGAAGUAUAAUAAUACAGAAAGGAAACACUCUUCUAAUCCAAGAAGUUCAAGAAGAAGAUGGAGGAAAUUAUACUUGUGAACUUAAGUUUGAAGGAAAACUUGUAAGACGAACAACUGAAUUGAAAGUUACAGCUUUACUCACAGACAAGCCUCCCAAGCCAUUGUUCCCCAUGGAGAAUCAGCCAAGUGUUAUAGAUGUCCAGCUGGGUAAGCCUCUGAACAUCGCUUGCAAAGCAUUCUUUGGAUUUAGCGGAGAGUCCGGACCAAUGAUCUACUGGAUGAAAGGCGAGAAGUUUAUUGAAGAACUGGCAGGUCACAUUAGAGAAGGUGAAAUAAGGCUCCUGAAAGAGCAUCUUGGAGAAAAAGAAGUUGAAUUGGCACUCAUCUUUGAUUCAGUGGUGGAGGCUGACCUGGCAAAUUAUACCUGCCAUGUGGAAAACCGAAAUGGACGGAAACAUGCCAGUGUUCUGCUGCGUAAAAAGGAUUUAAUCUACAAAAUUGAACUUGCAGGAGGCUUGGGAGCAAUCUUCCUCUUCCUUGUACUGCUUGUGAUCAUCUACAAAUGCUACAAUAUUGAACUGAUGCUCUUCUACCGACAGCAUUUUGGAGGUGAUGAAACUACCAAUGACAACAAGGAAUAUGAUGCCUAUCUGUCUUACACAAAAGUGGACCAAGACACUUUAGACUGUGACAAUCCUGAAGAAGAGCAGUUUGCUCUUGAAAUACUGCCAGAUGUCCUGGAAAAACACUAUGGAUAUAAACUCUUCAUCCCAGAAAGAGACCUGAUUCCAAGUGGAACAUAUGUUGAAGAUCUCACAAGAUGUGUUGAGCAAAGCAGAAGACUUAUUAUCGUGCUAACUCCAGACUAUACUCUCAGACGAGGAUGGAGUAUUUUCGAAUUGGAAAGCAAACUCCAUAACAUGCUAGUCAGUGGAGAAAUCAAAGUGAUUUUGAUUGAGUGUACAGAAUUAAAAGGAAAGAUGAAUUGCCUGGAAGUGGAAUCACUAAAGCGCAGCAUCAAACUUCUGUCCUUGAUCAAGUGGAAGGGACCCAAGAGCAGCAAAUUAAAUUCUAAGUUUUGGAAGCAAUUAGUAUAUGAAAUGCCCAUCAAGAAAAAAGAAAUGCUUUCUCGGUGCCAUGUUCUGGACUCUGCAGAACAAGGACUCUUUGGAGAACUCCAGCCUAUACCCUCUAUUGCCAUGACCAGUACCCCUGCCUCUCUGGUGUCAUCUCAAGCUGAUCUCCCUGAUUUCCACCAUUCAGAUUCAAUGCAAAUGAGACACUGUUGCAGAGGUUAUAAACACAAGAUGCCAACCACCACCUUGCCGGUACCUUCCUUAGGCAACCACCACACUUACUGCAACCUGCCUCUGACACUACUCAAUGGACAGCUACCCCUUAAUAAUACCCUGAAAGAUACCCAGGCAUCUCAUAGGAACAGUUCCCUGCUACCUUUAUCAUCCAAAGAGCUUAGCUUCACCAGUGACAUUUGGUAGUGAAAACUCUGAAGUCCUCUGAACAGCUAUGGAGCAUACAGAGUUUCUGCUUUGCCAAGCAUAAAGUACACAUAAUAACACUGAGGUGCUGAAAAAUUGUUCGAAGUAGAAGGCACAGAAUCCAUUUUGUACUUAAAAUUUUUGUUUAAAUUUCUAGAAUAGUGGGGAGGGAGGGAAAGAAGAACCUGCUUUUGUAGUAUAGUACCUUGUUUCAAUGUAUAGUUUUGAUUUCUUCCUGAAAAUAAAAAUUUAAAAACCCUCUUGUUUUAGAGUAGAUUUUUAUGAUACCGUUUGGACUGCAAACUUAGUAGAUGAGGUAUCUUCCCCAUAUUUAUAAACAUUUUAAUAUUUACAUAGUAUUUGGAAUAAAGAAAACUUGAAGACUUUAAUUGAGUUUGAAAAUUCUGAACGAUGUUUAAGGGGAAGAGAGAACUUCUAUAGAAUAACUGAAAAAUCAGGAAUUAUCAAGAAAGAAGUGUUGAAGCACCCCAAUUAGAAGAUUGUAGAAGAAGAUCAGUUUAAAAAAAUGUGACUAAACUGUUUGGAACUUUUUCAACAUAAUGGACAACUUCUCUAGACUAAAUCAACAGCUCAUAAUGACAGCUUAUAGUUGUAUAGGGAAGCACAUCUUCUCUAGAUAAACUGGUAGGUAGGCAAACAAUAUGCAUUUCUUAAGCAAAUAAAUAGUCUGCUAGUUCUUUGAAGAUAAUUUUAAAGAACUCUUAGGGCUUUCUAGCCUACUUCAAAAGUUUUACAAAUUUGAAAAGACGUUUUAAGAUACACAUUUUAUUGUUUGCUAAUAAUUCACAUUUUGGAUGUUUUUCCAAAUGAUCUCUUGUCCUGCUUUAUACAAAGAUGUGAGCAUCUUCCUACUUUUUUUUUUACAGCAUCACUGGAGUUUGAAUUUAAAUAAAUAUUGACUGCAGGUGUCAGCAAUAGAAAAGACAGAAAACAACAAUACCUACAGAUGAAAUGCAAA